ACAGGAGGUGGAAGUGUUAAUCAACUGGGCGGGACGUUCCUCAACGGCAGACCUCUCCCGGACUCCAAGAGGAGGAAAAUGGUGGAGCUGGCCUCGGAGGGGGUGCGACCGAGUCAAAUCUCGAGGAUUCUGCGGGUGUCAACAGGCUGCGUGAGUAAAAUCCUCAGCCGCUACCGCCUCACCGGCCUCGUCCAGCCCAAGACAAUCGGCGGGAGCCGGCCGCGCCUCCUCAUGCCCGCUGUCAUUGCCGCCAUCGUACAGCACAAGCGGGACAAUCCGUCCAUUUUCGCCUGGGAGAUCAGGAAAAGCCUGCUGGCCGCCAGGAGCUGCAAGGCCUCCAGAGUUCCCAGCGUGUCGUCCAUAAACCGGAUUUUAAGGAGGCUCCCCUUGGAGCAGGAACCAUGGAGCGACACACAAUGGAGGGCUGAACACA